AUGGCAAUAACAGUACAGAGAUAUUUUAUGAUAUGCCGACCCUUGGGGAUGCAACUGGAUCUCCGACGCAAACGAAUUUGUCUUUUUCUUAUUGCCUGUUUAUCAACUUUUAUGUCACUUCCGAUUUUCUGGAACGACAAUAAUGAGAAGAGGACAUGCUCUCUUGCAAAGGAAGACUUUGACUUUUUCUUCGUUUAUCAAUACUGUGCCGGCGUCUUUUCGCUGGUAGCAAUAUCAAUAACUAUUGGUUUGUAUGCAAUGAUAUUACACACUUUAAAAUUGAGAAGAAUUCGAAGAACACAAAAUGAAGAACGGAACUUUCAUUUUAGAUAUGUUUGUUGUUUGAAAUGUUGCAAAGCAAAAUCAUUGAAGACAGAAUAUCUCAAAGGUAAAGAAAACGUGGAUAGUCACUUGAGUGUUGAAAAUUCAACUUCUACACAAAUACGCUGCGCAGACAGUUGGAUUAAUUGUUUCUCUCCAAAUAGGGACGACCAUGAAGUGAAGUUAAACAAUAUAAAACUGCGUCAAGCUGAAUCUGAUAUCGGAAAUCAACAAGUGUUUCAAAGAAAUAACAAAACAAGCGAAACCGACACGGAGGAAAGGGACUCCACAAGAAAGGAAAUAUCUGGGUUUGAGAUAAAAACUGAAAAACCACAGUCUUCUGGAAAUGUAUCAAAAAACUUCACACAAGCAUUGAAAUCAGAAAACAUUAUAACAAAAAUGUUUCUGGCUGUCUUAACUACACAGAUUUUGACGUGGUUUUUGUAUAUAGCGUCAACGUUCAUUCCAAGGAAAACGCCUCCUCUGGAGAGCAUAGAGGACAAGGUCGAAGAAAAUUUCAUUCUAAUGUUAAGAAGGGCCGUGUUUUUCGGAUACCUAUUAAAUCCAGUUAUUUACCUUUAUUUUGAUGGACAGUUCAGGCGAAAGAUGAAGGGCGUUUUCUGUAUGCUAUCUGGCGAUCAAUUCUCAGACACAUCCACGUCUAAGACAGGCAACUCAAAUUUGCGAUGACAUGAAUAAAUUUCAGAAAUAUAUUUUACAAACACAACAAAUGAAGUUGACACAAA